AUCCGGAGCUAGAAAGCAGGGUCUGAUCUGAGGUCACGAAAUAGCCGGCGAAUGGCGCGACCGUCAAAGGCCACGCGGCAACCUGAUAGAGUUGCCUUGCUGGCUUGUCAGCUCACCAGCCACCAAAUCGCGCCCAAAAGGAGCUUAUCCCUGCUGCGCCCCCGCGUGGCCGCGAGUCCGCGACCAUGGCGGCGCCGCCCAUUCCCGUCCUCUGCAGCGCCUCUCCCUGUCGCGUCGUCACCCGCCUCGCCCCUUCAGCCUUGCGGACCAGUACCGCGUCGCGGCCACUGGUCUUGUCCGGCGGCUGCCGCGGCGCACAAAGGAGCUCCGGGCUGAGGCGCUUGGUGGCUCGGCCCCCCGUGCCGUUCGCGGCCAAGCGCGGCGGUGGCCGCGGCGAGGUGGCCGCGGAAGAUGGAGACGGCACGCGCUCGCUGCUCCAGGCGGCGCUUUGGGGCGCCGAGGCUGCCUACAUACUCUGGCUCUUCCUCCUCCCUUAUGCGCCGGGUGACCCGGCGUGGGCAAUCUCCCAGGCUACCAUCAGCGACCUCAUCGGCCUCUCGCUCAACUUCUUCUUCAUCCUUCCUCUGCUCAACUCCGCUGGCGUUCACCUGCUGGAGUCGCCAGUGCUUCACCCUAUGGCAGAAGGAUUGUUCAACUUUGUGAUCGCUUGGACGCUGAUGUUUGCUCCACUGCUCUUCACGGAUUCUAGGAGGGAUCGGUACAAGGGAUCGCUGGACGUCUUGUGGAGCUUUCAGAUGUUCCUCACAAACACUUUCUUGAUACCUUACAUGGCAAUCCGACUGAAUGACUCGGAUACCGACCAGUCCCCAACUAGGUCACAAUUGGGUUCAGUUAUGGUGAAAGAUGCACAGGUUGUGGGCGCCGUCGGCGGGGCGGUCUGCAUUCUGUCCAUUGUUUGGGCGCUCUUUGGCCGUGCAGAUGCUGGUUUCGGAGACAUCGCGGAACGGUGGCAGUAUGUGCAUAGUUACGUGUUCUCGGAGCGGCUCGCCUACGCGUUCCUCUGGGACAUUUUCCUGUACUCAAUUUUUCAGCCGUGGUUGAUCGGAGACAACAUUCAGAACGUGAAGGCAGAUGCUACCGAGUUUGUGAAUGUAGUGAGGUUCGUCCCAGUUGUAGGCCUGGUUGCCUACCUCUUCUGCUUAGAGAAAGAGGACUAGCUGCUACCUGUGUUUUUGUAAACUUCUGCGAACAUUUGGAUAAGCAGUAGAGUGAAUCCUGUACUUGGUAGCGGCAUUUUCUGAAAUAACUUUCUUUCAGGGAUGCUUUUUGAACGGGAAUUCGUUCGGUAACCAAAA